CCACUGUCUCCACUUAUCUCGUCACUACGGGACAGCAGCUGAACCACCGCUGUUCCGCUCGAUUCUCUGCUCUCUAGAACACCAUACUACACCAUCUACAGCAUUGUAUACGCUCCGGCUGUCUCGGUGUAUGUUUCCGUAUAUCUUCAGAUCUACAUUUUUCUCUGGCUAAUUCUCAUUCUCGCUAUUUCUUUUCCAGUUCCCAGAAAGAGAAAGCUCGCCGUUUGGCACGGUCCGACUUUUCUUUUGUCGUUCCAGAAUUCGGCACUAAUUUGUGUAUCACAGAUCGAUGCCAAUUUCCUCCUUGGAUUAUUAUAUAUGCUUUAUCGACCCCAUGUCUAGCACCCACCACUUUUCUUUAUUCCUUACUGUAGCUUGAGCUGUAUGUCGUGUUAGAAGUGUCGCUGUUUCGUUGAUAUUUGUGAAUUAGCGUCGACUUCCUAUCCGACCGUCCCACACGUUGUCCCUGUCUGAAAUUUCUAGAGCUGAGAAUAACGAAGCCAUAUUCACGUAAUACGUCCGAACACCAUACCACCACCACGACAGAUACAAAGAUACAACCUGCUAUAUAUAAGUGUCGUGCCCUAACUAUCCAUAUCUACGGCCGCCAUCAGUAUCAUUUCUCGAUAUAAUUCUCGUUGCUCAGUCCAUCGCCGUUUCAUUAAUCAUCACGACUAGUUGUAACAAAUUUCAUCAUCCAAGCUGUCAUUGACAAUUCUUACACAACAACAAUGCCUUUGACCGAGAAGCCUCAUAACAGCAUCAAGAAGAUCUUCAAGCGGGAUACCACCCCCGUUUCGGACUCGUCGCUGCCCUCUUCGGCCAAUAACUCGCACAUAGGACUUCUGAAACUCUUCCACCACCACAACGACAAAACACCUGCUGCCGUAGCCAGAGACUCCAAUUAUGUUCUCAGUAACGGAGUCAACACCAAUAACAAUAGCACUAGCAAAAAGUCCGGAAACUCUCCUGUUGCAGCGGGAGCUCCUGCUGUACCCAGGAACUCUUCCUCCCUUUCACUCAAGAGAAGAAACACCAACCCAGCACGUCUUGGUAACUCUUCGUCUUCCACCUCUCCGCUGGUGCCGAGCGACGAUAAGACUGCGGUAACCCACGGACCAAAAGAAUCAAAACGACUUACUCGUGCCGAAACUUUGGCUCACAUAAAUUCUGUGAAUAACAAAAAUGCAAGAAACACCUUCAACAAAGCCCAUCUCCCCCAGAAUUUCCAGCAGCCGAUACUGGCUACACCCUCAGCUCACGCUGGAGGAGAUAAGAUCGUAUACAAUCCCUACGGCCUCAACAAAAAUCCUACGCAAGAAGCCCCUAAGAGCACCUCUUUCUACCUCAGUGGAGUCAGCGAUGGUGAACGAGUUUUGGCUAACCCUGUAGCCGACCCCAACGAGUAUUUACCCGCAGACUUGAAGCAGGAGCAUGUGAAUUUGCUUGACAUGUUUGAAAUCGAUGCCAAUACGAAGAAGUUGGGAGACGGAGGCUCAUCUGAUGUGAGAAUCAUCAAUGCUAUCAGCCACAAGAAAUCGGUCUAUGCAUUGAAAAAGUUUACUUUACUUUCAAAAGAGUCUGAUCAAGAUUUCUAUGAGAGAGUCACCAAGGAAUUCAUCAUCUCCAAGAAGGCAGCUGUGUCGAGACAUGUCGUGGACGUUAUAGCACUUGUGAGAGUCCAGUCACAGACGAACUUGACCAGAGGUUGGGGGAUUGUGUUGGAAUUCUGUAACGGCGGUGACAUGUUCAGUGCCAUCAUCAAACCGGGUUGGAAACGCACUCCUCUCCACGAGAAGUACUGUUUGUUUAAGCAAAUAGCGUAUGGCUUGAAGUUCUUGCACGACAACGAUAUUGUCCAUCGUGACAUGAAACCAGAAAACGUCCUUCUUGAUGCCAACGGAGUGGCCAAAUUGUGCGAUUUCGGGGUUAGUGACUGGGGCCACCAAGUUCAUGGCGAUCUCACUUCUCCCAUAAAGCUUUCCACAUCUUACGUUGGCUCGCCUCCUUACUCUCCUCCUGAAGUCAUGAUUCUUAAGGAGAAAUCUCAUGCUGAAAUCAAGAAUUUUGCGUACGAUCCGUUCAAGAUGGACUUCUGGGGUUUGGGAAUGUUGCUUUUCUGUAUCGUUUACUCUGGAGUUCCAUUUCAAUCUGCUACCGUGAACGACCAUGCCUUCCGAGACUACAAGUUCACCCACAACCGGUACUCUUCCGACCAUCCAUCUUUCAAAAACUGCCAAGACUACAACAAAGGACCUGGCUCUGAGUUCAAAUGGGCAGCCCAGUUUCAGUCUACUGGUGCUUCCAGAGCUGCCUGGAAACUCUGUGAUCCUUCCGUUACUCAUAGAUACAACUUGGAGCAGUUGUUCAACGAUCCCUGGUUCUUGGGUUUGGAAAUGUGUCUCUACGAGCAUCCAGAACAAGACGUAAAUCCAUUUAUCUUGCCUGGAACAGGCGAAAACUACAAUGGCUACAUCUCAGCGAACUCUUCCGUACCUAACUCUAGAGCCGCUUCUCGUAGAGGAACAUAUUCACGGGCCCAACACGAUCCAGAAGAUGAUUUACAUACUCCGUUCAAGAGCAUGUUGGAUUUGGUAGGCCAGAGCUCGAAACCUCAGGGCCAAUUACAACCACAGACCGGCGAUGGUCCAGCAAAGAUCAACACUAAGGUAGACACCAAGGUAGAACCCCAGUACAAGACUCCCAUUAGUCCUUCCAGUAUGGUGGACGGGAUUUCGUUGAACAUGUCACCUCUGAGAAAUGGCCAUAGUGGACGUCCUCAUAGUAAUUCUAAUCCUGUAAGAUACCCAUCCGACACCAGUAGUUCUAAUGCCUCUAUCCAGUCUUCGGAUAGCGGAAGACCAAGAUCCAUGUUGGAAAUUGUGGCUGACACUAAUGAUGAAAUUCGCUCUUUUGGCAUAACUCAUCCAGAUGGGUUAUUAGACUCCGCUGAUUCCUGUUUCAGUUUACUCCCUCAAGGCGAUGCUGAGGCCAAGAAAGCACCGGGAGAUUUCCCGAAGCUUCUUCGUAAUUCGUCUCAGUUACGGUUGGAUGUCAACGGAAUGUGCGAGUUGGGCUACAAGAUCAAGAAGCAUCAUCACAACGAAAUCAGCACUGUUCAAAUGUCCAAUUCCAAUUCAAGAAGAAGAUAAUGUUUUCCUUCACCCACCGGGGAUCUUGAUACAGGAAGCGAAGUGCUGUUUAUGUCAAAAAUUAGAAAGGACAAGUUAUGAGUUGAGUUCUUAUUUAUUCAGGAUACAUUCAUACAUUCAUUAGAUAGUUUAGACUAAUACACGUGAUACAG